AUGGCCGCCGAAAAUGUCGCAAAAGACGUACAGGCCCGCCGUGAAGACGAGGCGCCGGACAGUGUGAAUGAAGUGUCCGAUGUGCAGGCUGGUAAGGCCAAGAGUGUCAACGAAGCCCUUGAAGAGGAAUACGACGAGGACGAGGACGAAGACUUUGUACGCGGGAAGACACGACUUACAAUGCAGACCGCCGACGGAGACGAUACGGAGGAAGACGACGAUGAAGACGAAGACGAAGACGAAAACGAAGGCGGCGGCGAAGGCGACGAGGACGACGAUGAGGACGAAGACGGGGACGAAGACGAAGACGAGGAGGAAGACGAAGACGAGGAGGAAGACGAAGACGAAAACGACGACGUCCAACUCGGCAAGCGCAAGCCCGGUGAGGAUGAGGAAGAAGAGGAGGUCGAAGACGAAGAAGAGCCGCCCAAAGUCCGCAAAACCGACUAA